AUGCUACCCCGUACCGGCUGGCAUCAGACGUGUCGUCGCCCUCUGCAAGGGCCGACAAGGAUCGUACAUCCGACACUUAGAGCGACAUGUAAACCAAGCAGUCUAGGUUGUCGAAGACCGUGGACUGUCCCUGCUCGCUAUGUAACUGGACUACAGGCUGGUGAAGACAAAACCGGUCACAUCAGCGCAGGACCUAACGAGGGCAUCCUCUUCUUUAACAAUGUAUUUCCUAUUCAGAUUCGCAAGGUACUAGGUCUCCCGUUGCCAGGGAUACUAGAUCGCCUCAUCAGUCCCAACAUAUCUGGCACCGACCCCAAAGCCGUCAUUGAAAGAGCGAGUGCGAAACGAAAUUUGCAGAUUACUGGCACCGAGGUACUUCCACGGAUGCGAGAAGGAGGAGCGUUCGUUAAAUUCACUCACGAUGGAAAUGCUUCUGCUUCUGAGAUCGAAAAAGUGCUUCAAGAGUACCUAAGAGAUGAACCAGUCAAACCAUGGUGGAGUCCAUGGAAGAGGAUGCGUGCGAAGAUGGUCAAGGGAAAACCAUGGGUUGAGGAUCUCAUGCGUCUCCCAGCUUCACGUCUGCGAGUCGAGUUUGUCUCUGCUGAGGCCGGCGUGCCGGCAUCUGAAGCUAUAGAAAUGAGCCAAGAACAGCUCUUCCAGUUCUUCAGGCCGUACGGCAAACUAUCAGACAUCGUUAUGCAGCCUCCCGACUCGAAAGUACUCCCAAAGUUCGCAUAUCUAGACUAUUCUAGCAUUGGGAAGGCUAUCAUGGCCAGGAACUGUAUGCAUGGCUAUCUUGUGUCAGAAGCUGAAGGAGGUGGCAAGAAGGGCACAAUCUUAAGGUUGAAGUACGAGCAGAAGAUCAAGCCCCGAUAUAUCAGAGACUGGAUCUUUGGCCAUCCUCGCAUCAUCAUCCCGAUUGUAGCUGCUCUUAUCGCUGGUACCGUUGCCAUCGUCUUUGACCCUAUCCGAACGUUUUUUGUGAAAGCCCACAUCACGCGCAACUUCCACAUUGAAGACAAUAAGUGGUACCAGUGGAUCAAGGGAUAUGCCACAGAUAUCAUUCACGGUGGCAAUAAGCGCGACGACGAUGACAGCAUGGAUGCUAUCUGGGAUGAUAGGAAAGAUGACAUUGAACAAAUCAGGACUUGGUUGAUGGAGACUGCUGAAACUUUCAUCAUUGUCCAGGGCCCUCGGGGCUCUGGCAAGCGCGAACUUGUCGUUGACGAGGCCUUGGAGGAUAAAAAGCUCAAGCUUGUGAUCGACUGCAAACCUAUCCAGGAGGCCCGAGGCGAGAGCGCCACCAUCAAUGCUGCAGCGUUGUCUGUUGGCUAUAGACCUGUGUUCAGUUGGAUGAACAGCAUAUCCGGGAUGAUAGACAUGGCUGCACAGGGUGCUACAGGUGUCAAGACUGGCUUCUCUGAGACUCUUGACUCUCAACUCAGCAAAAUCUGGAACACUACGACCUCGGCCCUACGACAAAUCGCUUUGGACACACGUCACAAGAACGACAAGGAUGCGCACUUGGGAGACGAUGAGUGGCUCGAAGCACAUCCAGAGCGCAGGCCUAUCGUUGUAGUUGACAACUUCCUGCAUAAGAGCCAAGAAGGCGGUAUCGUCUAUGACAAGAUUGCAGAAUGGGCCGCCCGUCUCACAACGACAAAUGUGGCUCAUGUUAUCUUUUUGACCAAUGAUGUCGCGUUCAGCAAAUCGCUCUCCAAGGCCAUGCCGGACCGUAUGUUCCGUCAAAUCUCUUUGUCCGACUGCAGCCCUGAGGUAGCGAAGCGGUUUGUUAUCACGCAUCUUGAUGCCGAUGUUGAGGAUGACCCAGCGCCAAAGGACGGCUCCCCUAAGAAGCUGCCCUCUGAGCACCGCAACGACCUUGAUGAGCUCGACACUUGUAUCGAUUUGUUGGGCGGCCGCCUUACCGAUCUUGAGUUCUUGUCCCGACGCAUCAAGACUGGUGAGACACCCACCAAGGCUGUGCACGAGAUCAUCGAUCAGUCAGCUUCUGAGAUCCUCAAGAUGUACAUCUUUGGCGCAGAGGAUGAAGGCGGAAACCGGCACUGGAACGCUGAGCAAGCCUGGUUCCUCAUCAAGGAGCUCGCUCAGAAAGAAAGUCUAAGAUACAACGAAGUCCUCAUUGACGACAUUCUGAAGACUGGCGGCGAAUCCGUCCUUCGCGCCCUCGAACAGGCUGAGCUCAUUUCCAUCGUCUCUGGUACGAAUGGGCGUCCAUCUAUCAUCAAGCCAGGAAAGCCUGUCUACCACCCCGCUUUCAAGCGCUUGACUGAGGACAAGGUGCUGAAGAGCCGCUUGGACCUUGCCAUCCUGACGCAUUUGACAAAGAUUGAGAACGCGACGAUUGACAAGUGCGAGAACGAGUUGUUGUUACUGAGCAAGCUAAAGAACCAGCCUGCACAGACAUCUGGGCGUAUCAACUAUUUGUUGACAAAGUUGAUGACUAGUCAAAACAAGGUGGAGAAGUACGAGACGGAGAUCAAGGGACUGAAGAAGGUGCUUGGAAAUGAGUACUAG